AUGACGAAUAACUGGCUAACAGAUCUUGAAGAAGAGGUUUUAACUCCUAACGUUGCUCUCAGGCUACAAUACAAACUUAUCAAAUACAUAGCAGAAUUUUUAGAAUCACAACAAGAUCGAUACAAUUUAUGUUUUGUUAAUAAGGCAUGGACACCAGCAGCUAUUAAUGUAUUAUGGUCAGAACCAAUUUUCAAAACACCUGAUUCUAUAUACUACUUCCUGCGUGUGGUCAAACAAUCAAAACAAAGGGCUUUAAGAAUACGUGUUCUCAAUCUAUGUGCUCCAGAAGGAAAUAACGUCAACUCUUUUGCACCAGUUUUAUGUUCCGAUCAUAUCGAACACAAGAUAAUGUCAACAUACUUUAUAUCAAAACCAAAUUUAUUAACAAAUCUUGUUAGAUUAUGUGAAAAUCUACGCAAGAUUAAAGUAUAUGGAUGGAAUUUAUCUGAUAGUCACAUACAAUCUUUGCCACAAUACUGCCCAGAACUCAAAGAAAUCCUGGUGAUUGGUAAUAAUCAAUUGACUCACAAGGCCUUUCAUUCACUGAUGAGCUGUAUAUCUGAUCUUCGUGUAUUAGAUUUAGAUGGCGUUUUUAAACUUUCUGACAAUUUUGCAGAAGCAUUAGCAAUCAAGUGUCCAUCACUUUGUUCACUUAAACUUUCAACCAAAGAAAUAUCCGAAAAAGGAUUUGAUACAUUAGCAACCAAAUUAACAAAACUUAACAACCUAAUAUUACAAAAUUGCUCCAACCUUACUGACAAUAAUAUUGAACGUUUUGCAGAAAGAAACCCUAGAUUGCAAAAUCUUCAAUUAUUGGGUGAUGCGCUCACGAUCAGAUCAUUUAAAGUGGCAAUGCAUCUAAAAGAAUUGAUACAUUUUGAUCUCAGGUGUUUAAAAGAAGUUUUGAUUUUAUCAAAUGAGAUAGAAUGGUUAAGACCAAUCUGUCACAACCUGCGUAUAAUCAUACUUGAAAAUUUACCAAUUGAUGAUGACACAAUUUCAGCAAUCACUGUACACUGUAAAAAAUUGGAAAAAAUUGCAUUUUCAAGAUGUCCUUAUAUUACGAAUAAUUCAAUCAACAGCAUUGCAGAAAAUGAAACUCGCCUUAAUACACUAGAUCUACUUGAAUGCAGGAACAUCACAGAUGCAUCUCUUAAAUGUCUAGGCCGUAAAUUAAAUUAUUCACUUACUCACAUAAUCAUAGACUCGUGUGGCUCAUUUUUACCAGAGGCUAUACACUGGUUUGUCAAAGUCUCGCCGAAACUUGAAAAAAUAGUUUUCAAUAGAACACCUUCUAUCAUCAACUCAUUUGUUUACCAGUUUUCCACAGAAAGACAAAAGGGAAGUCACGAUUCGGUUGUUUCUCAUCAAAAAUGCACUAUUGAAAAUGAAAAUAUUAAUAAACUGGCUCAUUUCAAUCAGGAUUCACCGCACCUUCCUUUUUCAAAUAAUAAUUCUAUUGAUGGAGUCAAGAAUUAUAAUUACAAUCAACAUGUUAUUCAAUCAAAUCAUUCAUUAAUUCCUAAAAAUAAUAAUAAUAAAGCAAAUAGUUAUGAUUAUAAUCACAAUAAACAUAUUAUUCAAUCAAAUUAUUCAUUAAUUCCUAAAAAUAGCAACCAUAACCCUAGUAAUAAGACAAUGAAAAUUCCAGAAGAUAAGCUUGAUGCAUUAUCUUCAGAAUUGGGCUUAUCCCCAGAUGUUGUUAGUUAUCAGUGUAUGUCACCACAAUCUAUGAUUACCAAUGAAUUUCAAAAUGAUUAUUUUCAGAAUAUGUCAAAUACAAAGCAUUCUUUCAGUGAUUCUUCAUCAAAUGAUUCACAAUUUCGCCGUGAAGAAUAUCAAUCUCGUCACAGUUCCCGUGAAUCUUCAAUGGUACGUUGUCAAGAAAAAGGAGGAGGAGAAUCCCCAUCAGUGGUCGAGCAUUCAAUUGUUGAAAAUUGUAUUAGUAGUGUUAAUAACAACGUUGAGAAAAUGUCACCUGUAAAGCCUCCUCAAUUUAAAACAAUUGAUCAGAUUACCGAUGAAGCUCAAUUAUCAACAAAAACAUCAUUGUCAAAUAAUCAAGCUAAUAGUUAUACUUUAAUUAAUAACGUGACAAGUAAUGAUUACGACCAACAAAAGUAUCAACCACAGUCGCAGAUUCAAGACCCACGACAAACUCAGCAAAUUCAACAGCCAUCACAAAAAUUUUUUGGACAAUCAUCACCUUUAAAUAUCCAGCAAGAGGAAAAAGUAUACAAUGAACAAGUUCCAUCCAUCAAACAAAUAUCCUAUGAACAAGUUGCACAAGCUCGACCAAUUGUUAUUAAUAAUUACGAUAAUAAAAUUGGUGGUGAUAAACAAGUAACUAAUGAUAAAAAAUCCAAAUCUUCAAAUGGAUACGCAUCGUUAUGGAAUAAUCCUCUUGGAAGUGAAGAUAUAGAUAAAGAUAUUCUUUAUGUAAAUCUUCCAAGCGGACACAUGUUAUCUACUCAAUCUGAUUCAAUUGAUAAUGAUAACGUCCAAUCUAAAAAUGAGAGCUCACAAAUAUUUAUAGAAAGUAGUAAUAAGCGGCCUACAAAUCAAACGGAAACAGUUAACAGCAACCAUAAUAACAAGAGUAAUCAAUUUAAUAAUUCAACCUAUUCAACAAAUUUACAAACAUACCCUCUUUCUUCGCCAUAUUUGAAAGGAACGAUUCCAAAUGGUAGCAGCGAUGAGAAAAACUUGGAAAAUAAAUCAAAUAUUAUUUCAAAUAAUAAUUCAGAGUUUACUUCCACAAUUACGCAUGCGGCUAAUUCCAAAACAGAAGAAAAUAAUGAUAAGACCUAUCAAAUUGACAACUCACCAGUGGCACCAAUAUCACAAUAUAUACCACAAAUUGUUACGGAUUCUAUUUAUAUAUCAGAAAGUUAUUAUAGCAACAGUCAAAGUAAUAACGAUGAUAAUAAUCAGCUACCUGGUUUCACGAACACGAACCUGACUAAUAAUGAUCAAAGUAAUUCGGUUGAUCUUGGUGCAUGGGGUAGUUUAUCAAUCGACAAAUCAUCGACGUGGGAAAGUCAGGUGAAAUGGGUGCAAGGUGAUGUAAAAAACAAAAUAACGGAACCAGAAACAAAUCAACUUUGGGGAACUGUCAAGGCUGGUGAAUCGACCAUCAAUAAUGUUGAAGAAUCAACAACACCUGUUUAUUUUGAGAAGAAGCAAGCACGAAUCGUUAACAAUGAGCUUGAUGAGGGAUGGGGUUCACCUCCAACACAAACUAUUUCAUGGAAUGAUUCUCGUCAAGGAAGUUAUAUUGAAAUGAUCGAGGAGCAAAGCAAUGCUGUAUAUUGGACCAAACAAGAUGGUGUAUGGCUCAAUGCUACAGAAGAAGAUAAGGUAUCAUCUCAAAAACAAAAGGAAAUUGAAUUAAGUGCAGGUGAUUCUGAUGAUAUUAGUAUAAAGGGCGGUGCAAAAAUAAGUCGUACAGAACUCCAGGGAAUCGAAUUAUUAAAUUCUACAUUGAAUGAAAUACGUGAAACAAGAAAAGAGAGAAGAUUCAAAGAAGCAAACUCAUUAAAACUUUCAAACAAUGAUUGUGACAAUGGCGAUGGGUGUUCAAACAUUAACGUAGCAUUAAAUCAUGAUAAUGAUAAUUGUGAAGAUUAUUCGGCGUCAGCCGGGCCAGAAGAGCAUUAUGCUCUUUCAGCACCGGUGUCUCGAGAACAUGAUGAUUAUGUUAAAUCUAAAAAUGGGAGUGAUACUUUUGUUAAAACUGGCGAGAUAUCUAUUUUAAGUGACGAUUGGAAUCUCGAUAAUAAACUUAAAAAAAAAACAGAAAACGAAAACGAUGAAAAACAGGUUGUUCAAGUGACAGAAGACAAUAUUUUAAUAGAUCUUUUUGAUUCAAUUGAACGAGAAAUCUUUACGACAGGUCAAAAUAAUAACAAUGGUAAUACUAGUAACGGUAGUGAUGAUGGUGGUUUGUUAUUAUUAAAACAUAAAAAUAAAGAGAAUUCAUCAUUAAUCAUACUUGAAGAGAAUGCUCGAGAUCGAAAGGUUAUUUCAUUAUCGGAAACCAAUGUUUCCCACCAAAAUAAUAUUGAUAACAUUUUAACAAAUUCCAAUGUAGAAACACCAUCUAACAAUGUAGUAAAUCAUCAAACAAGCAAGGGAGAAGCUUUACUUUUUAAAACAGAAACGACAACAGUAUUAUCAUCAACAGUUGAAAUCGCAGAGAAAGGUCCAUCACCAAAUGAGCAAUUAAGGAUGGACGACGUAGAAUUGGAGAGUAGUCGGCCUAAUAACCUUAAACAUAUUAAGUUAAACAUUGAAACACCAGAUCACGGAAUGCAAAAUUGCUAG